AUGACCAAGUAUAGAAUUGUAGAGCAACACAAUAAAUUUUUCAAAUCUUUCCCUAUUGCUGUAAAAAGAGAAAUAGUUAUAAAUUCUUACAUAAGAAAAGUAACAAGAAUACCUUACUUUGCGGAAUGGCCUAUGAGGAUGAUGGAAAAUCUUAUAUUGUUAUUAAAAGAAGAAAUUUAUCUCAAGAAUGAUACUGUGUGUGAGUGUGGAGUUCCGGGCAAUGGAAUGAUCAUCGUUGAUGCUGGAGUAAUGGCGGUGUACACAUCUGAUGGUGAAGAAAAGGGACAUCUUAUUGAUGGCGAUUACUUUGGAGAGCUUUCUUUGAUCAUUGAUAAUGAACGCCGUACAUCCUCAGUAUUAGCUGUCACUACUACUAAAGUUUUAGUACUAGAAAAAGGUGCCUUCAGACUAUUUAUGAGAGAAUAUCCAAAACUCUUUUUCGAAAUGAAACAAAGUAUAAGAGAUUUAUAUCUCGGUACAGUGAGCAGUCUUGAUUCUACUGGAGUCAAAACACAGAGUUCAUAAUAGUGAUAAUAAACGUCAUUUAGAUUAGUGGACUACCUGUAAUAAUUAUUUAAUAAGAUGAUACUAUGUUGUAUUUUAUAUUUAUUUCUAUGAAUUGAAAUAAGAUAUAAAGAAAAGAUUAUCGUCACACGUAUUUAAAAAAAAAAAUAUUAUAAUCUUUUAAUUACUGAAACGCAAUUUUUAAUUUAAGAAAGACUUAAGUAAUUUCAAGUAUAAUUUAGGCUUAUUAUUUAUUACUCGAACUUGUGAUAUGAUGUGAAUUCCUAUUUAAGCUGCAGCGUCUGCUACUCAUGAAAAAAAUGUAUUUCAUAAUGAUCAAUAUGACUACAACAUGCUACAUCUUCAAUGGAUUUUCCUGGACAACCUACUGGAUAACUAGAUUUAAAGAUAUAUACCUCAUUUACACUGAUCAUAUCUCACUCUUGACUUGUCUUCGAGCCUCUCGAGAGUUUCUGGAGUCUCUCGAGCUCGUCAUGCUACGAUUACUGGUGACUAUAAAAGUGUAAAACAAUAUAUUUGUUAGGAGAAGUUAUUUUAUAUCGCUAGUUGUUGAUAAAGAAAGAGCUACGAAUUUGUUUCUUUAGUUUUUUCAAAAAUGUUUAGAUUUCUCACUUUUCUGAUAUUCAUGGUCGGUUUCGGGACGAUAUUUGUAAAGCUGAUGUUUUAUAUCCAGAUUCCCUAUAGUAUUGUUAUGAUAAGAGUAUCACUGUAAACUCAAAUUCAUUAAUUGCUUUUAUGUGGUAAAAUUUAUAUAAUUUUGAAUGUACACACUUUAACAUAAUAUUGUUAAUGUAGGUAUAUAUUAGAGAUUAAGUAAUUUAUGUAAGUCUGAAAGCUUUGUCUAUUUUUAUUAUGUUUUUUAUGUUAUAAACAUCACCGUCAUUGUUUUUUUACUCAAUUUAAGAACAUUUAAGUAGGUGUCCACUUAAUUUCUUUUUUAUUCUGAUUGUAAGGGUCGGCACAUAUAAGAUGGAAAUUUCCGUAGAAUGUUUCACGAAAAUGUGCGUUGGUACACUGCGAUAUG